AUGGCUGGUACCGCUGAAAAAAAUGUGGCAAUACCGAAUGAGACGUACUCGCGUUUAAUGGGAUUUGUUGCGGGUAUGUUCUCAGGAUUUGCUAAAAAUGCGGUAGGACACCCAUUCGACACCAUCAAAGUGAGAUUACAGACGUCCCAGGAUACUGGACGAUUCAGGGGACCUUUGGACUGUGUUUAUCAAACGAUGAAGCAGCAAGGUGUGCGGGGUUUUUACUUGGGGUUCACUCCUCCACUGGUUGGAUGGAUUUUGAUGGAUUCCGUCAUGCUAGGAUGUCUUCACAACUACCGGAUGUUGUUGAAAAAAUACGUUUACACUCAUGAGGAGAAACUACCGCUUUCGGGGUGUAUAUUAAGUGGGGUCAUGGCUGGCUGGUCCGUCAGUUUUAUCGCUGCGCCAGUUGAAUUAGCAAAGGCUAAAUUACAAGUGCAAUACGAUGCCUCUACUGCCAAAUACAAAGGACCCAUCGAUGUGAUCCGCAAAGUCUACGGCGUCAAUGGUGUGCGAGGACUGUACAAAGGGUUGAUUAGCACUCUGAUCUUCAGAACCAAUUUUGUAUACUGGUGGGGGUCCUACGAGCUACUCACACGGUGGUUUAAGAAAAACACCAACAUGAGUGACACUGCGAUUAAUUUCUGGGCGGGUGGCUUUAGUGCUUCAUUUGGAUUCUGGACCACGGCUUACCCCAGUGACGUUAUCAAGCAGGUGGUGCUCUGCAGCGACAAGUACGACGGGAGCUUCAAGUCUUGGAGAAUGGCAGCGUCGGAUAUUUGGCGCACCCGAGGUCUGCCGGGCUUUUUCAAAGGUUUCGUGCCUAGUUUCUUGAGAAGUUUCCCUGCGAACGCUGCUGCCCUAGCGUGCUUCGAGUUUGUUCUGCGGACAAGCGGUGCCAAAUAG